AUGAGUUCUGAUACAAGUGAUAUCCAACAAAUCGAUGCAGAUGCAACUGAUAUCCAACAAAUUGAUGCAGAUGCAAGUGAUAUCCAACAAAUCAAUUCAUUCAAUAGAAUUGAUGCAGAUGCAACUGAUAUCCAACAAAUCAAAAACGUUAAGGAAUUCUCGAGGGAAUUCUAUUCUGAAUCAAAGAAGCUAUGGUAUCUCGCGGCUCCAGCCAUAUGCACUCUUGUUUUCCAAUACUCUAUUAGUGCCAUAACUCAGGUGUUUGCGGGCCAUGUGGGAGACAUUCAACUUGCAGCCGUGUCUGUGGAGAACAAUCUUAUUGCUGGCUUUGCUUUUGGGGUCUUGUAUGGAAUGGGAAGUGCACUAGAAACACUUUGUGGACAAGCGGUUGGAGCAAGGAAACUAGAUAUGCUUGGCAUUUACAUGCAAAGGUCAUGGAUUAUUCUCGCGGUCACAGUCAUACCAUUGACAUCAGUAUACAUCUUAACCACCCCAAUCCUCAAACUCCUACGCCAAAAUCCACAAAUUGCGAAAGCCGCCGGGAGGUUUACAUUGUGGAUGAUCCCAGAACUCUUCGCUUACGUGAUUAUUUUUCCAGUUCAGAAGUUCUUGCAAUCACAGAGCAAGAUCUUUGUGAUGGCUAGUAUUACGGUUGUGGCUUUCGUUGGGCACGUGGUGUUUAGCUGGCUGUUUAUGCUCAAGUUGCAUUGGGGGCUGCCGGCCGCGGCGGUGGUGCUGAAUGCCACAUGGUUGUUCAUCAUGGUGGCACAACUAGUUUACAUUUUCUCAGGGGCUUGUGCUGAUGCUUGGAAUGGGUUUUCUCUGAAGGCCUUUGAGAAUCUCAGGGGCUUUGUUCGCCUAUCUCUUGCAUCCGGAGUAAUGUUUUGCUUAGAAAUGUGGUACUUUGUGGCACUUAUUCUUAUUUCUGGAUACACUAAAAAUGCAGAAAUUUCAGUUGAUGCAACUUCUAUAUGCAUCAAUAUAUUGCAAUGGACGAUAAUGGUGGGUAUUGGAUUCAAUGCCGCAAUAAGUGUGAGGGUGUCAAAUGAGCUAGGCGCUUGCCAUCCGAGAACCGCAAAAUUUUCUGUAGUUGUAGCCACAACCACCUCGGUAUUCAUCGGAAUCAUCCUAGGACUCAUUCCGGUCCUCCUUAGAAGCCAUUAUCCGCCAUUAUUUACGAAAAGCUCCUCAGUACAGCAGCUUGUAUAUGAUCUCACACCAUUGUUAGGACUUACCAUUACCCUUAACAGCCUUCAGCCAACACUCUCUGGGGUAGCCAUUGGAGCAGGGUGGCAAAGCCAUGUAGCAUAUGUGAACAUUGUAUGCUACUAUUUGGUGGGUAUUCCUAUUGGUCUGAUACUAGGCUUUGUCUUUAAAAAGGGUCUCAAGGGUAUUUGGUAUGGGAUGGUGACCGGAAAUGUGGUUCAGACCAUUGCUGUGAUAGUCAUGGUCCUCAGAACUGACUGGAAGAAGGAGGCUUUGCUUGCUGGAGACAGAAUAAAGAAAUGGGGAGGCGAUUCAGAAUCACAACCAGUUGAAGCAGUUAGUGAUGAUGAUUAAUGUAACCG